AUGUUACUUUUUGAAAGUUUGCCAAAUGAAAUAUUGAUUGAAGUAUUUUAUUUGAUAUGUCCGUCGGAUUUGUUUAAAUCAUUGUUUAACUUGAAUUCUCGUCUUAAUUCGUUGAUCUGCGCUUUGCGUUUUCAUUUAUUAUUAUUAAGUUACAGAAAGAAAAAGUUUGACUAUUUAUGUGAAACGAUCAUACCAAAAAUUUCGAAAAAUCAUGUCGUUUCAUUUAAAUUUCAAGACGAAGAUGAUCGCUUUAGAAAACAUUCAACCUUACAGUUAUUAAUUCAUAUUGAAGAAUUUACACAAUUAAAAUCAUUAACGAUAUGUGCAUUAGUAUCAUCAAACAUAAUAAAUCUGAUAUCAAAAUUAGGAAAAUUCAAAUGCUUAACAAAUUUAUCUCUUACGUUUACUCAUCAAAGGAUUCAAUUUAUUCCGAGACUGGGAAAUGACGUCGAAACAGACACAAAGAAAAUUUGCAAAAUGAUCGUUUGGAAAGAGCUGAGAACAUUAAAACAUUGUCAGUUAUCAUUUCCCCAUGUGAUGUGUUUUCAAACAACAAUGACAGCACCUAUAACUUUAGAGUAUUUGAAAAUUCGUCAUUGUAACAUAAAUGAAAUGAUGGCAUUACUUAAACACGUACCAAAACUAAAACGUUUUUCUGUUACUAUUUACACGCAUGAAGAACAAUGUCCGGAAUACAAUCUACCAUCUCUACAAUAUUUAUCUCAUUUUACAUUAAAAAGUCGAAGAAUAUCAUAUGAGCAAACGGAAUAUAUCUUACGUCAUAUGCCGCAACUAAAAAAGUUCGUGUUUUCCGGAAAUUCGUUGCAAUUUGUUAAUGGUAAUAUGUGGGAACGAUUAAUUGUUCAGUUUCUACCACUAUUACAGUCAUUUGAGUUUAGUGUAUGUGUCCGCUAUUCUGGAGAAAAUCCAAAUCUGAAUGAAUUACUAUUGUCAUUCAAAACAGUUUUUUGGAGCGGUCACCGAUGGUUUAUCACACUUGAUUAUUAUCCGUUUGAACGUUAUGAAAAUCUAUUCAUUUACUCGAUUCCAUGUAAAAUAUCAUCAAUGCAUUUGAAAAUGCCAUAUGAUUUACAAACCCUAACAACCUCAACAAUCCAAAGUUGCACCACCACAAUUGCACGUCAGUAUCCAAAUGUUACAUAUUUACAAAUUAAUGGAAACAACGAAUAUGAUGAUUAUCGACUAUUUUCUGAGAAAAUAACCAAACUAAUUAAUAUUUCAACCGUGAAAAUUUUGACAUUCUACGAUGUUCACAGUCGUUCUGAUUUUAAAUCGUUACUGCUAGGAAUGACCAGCUUACACUCAUUGCAUCUGAAAUAUGAUUUGGUUUUAAACAUUACAAAUCAGUUUGAUGAUCAAACAUUAUGUUCAUAUUUGGCUGAAUCAAUUACCGAUUUAAGAUUACAGCAUGUUGAUUCCAUAGAUCCUAAACUAUUGAAAAAAUUUCCUAAUAUAUUUCGAAACAUCCGGUACUUAUCCCUAUCUUUAACAAGCAAUACGUCUAUCUAUAUUAUUUUAUCGUUGCUAUUAAGAAAAAUGCAUAAAUUAAAAUGUUUAGCCAUUUCAUCAGACGAAAUUGCUCCGUUUUGUUCGAUUACCUUUAAGAACUGGUUUUCAAAUUAUAUACAGUUAAAUUUAUUACAAGGAGACGUUGAAGUUGAUGAUGAAGAUGAUUCACGAUUAUUUUUAUUGUUUAGUGGGUUGGCUCAUCUCUAA